GUUUCGUGAUUAUGCCUCCCGGGCCCUGGCAACUCACUCGGCUGACGCACAAAAGUUAGCUAGCUGUAAUACCAUUGAAGAGUUGGUAGAUUCCUGGGUCCGAGUCCACCCCAGAAUACGUGGAACCUAUUCCGAAACUCCUAUUUUCCACUCUCUUGCUUUAUACCUUCCCUCUGAAAUUCAUCUUCUUGCAUCAUUGCGGUACUGUCCACGGUGCAAAACAAAUGGCGCACACUGUUCCGAGCUCGUUCGACAGAUUUCAGAGGUUCGACCCGGGGCCAAUGGACGAUCCUCCUUCCGAUCGAGAUGUAGACAUGGAGGAAGCUGAAUCACCAAGCCACUUGAUUGUUGCAUUCGAUUUUGGAACAACAUUCUCGUCCGUCGCAUAUACUCGAGUUAGCGAAAGGAUGCCAAGAGAUACCCUUGGCAUAACGAAUGUGAAAUGCAUCACCAGAUAUCCAGACGAUCGCGCACCGCCCGGAGUCACGUUUGCGUGGGAACCUAGGGAAGAUGUCCCCACCGAAUUAUGGUAUAAUCUUCCUCCGCCGCCGAAACAACGAAAAUCAGGCCAUCAAACUUUGCAAGGUUCCGGCGAAGAAUCGAUGAAUGAGGAUCCCACCUUGUCUGACGCAAGUAGCGAAUUUUCAUGCUCGUAUCCCGAGGACGCAGAAAACCUGGAAAAUGAACAGCUAAACUCUGGAGAGGACUGCGGGAGAUCAGCUUCCUUGUUCUGGGGGUUUGGAGUGCAGAAACAGCUCAGGAACAUAGACAUUCCAAAGGACGGGACAAGACGACUUACUAGGUUUAAGUUGAUGCUUCAUGAAAACAGCAAAGAAACGGAAGAUAUUCGCGCUGGGUUAUCAGUGAUCCUCAAGAAUCUGAAGAAGUCGAAAAUGGUCAAGCAGGACACAGAUGUUAUCAGUGACUACUUGGAGCAGCUUUUCAAACAUACGAAGGCCGAACUGCGAAGGCUCAAUGAGUAUAGUGACAGUACACCUGUCGAAUUCGUUUUAUGCGUGCCAGCGGUUUGGCCAUCCAAGGCAUGUCGUUUCAUGCAAGCGGCCAUGAGUACCGCUGCAAAAAGAUCUGAAUUUGGUUACUUGGUGAAUGGCAGUCUUGACAACCUUUUCAUCAUCUCUGAGCCAGAAGCAGCAGCUGCAUGCGUCCUAGCGGAAGAUAACAAUGACAUCUACAAAAAUGAGACAAUCCUUGUCCUAGACGCUGGAGGUGGAACUGUUGAUGCGGUUACCUAUAAAGUCACAAACUCCUACCCACUGAGGUUGUCCGAUGAGGUUGUUUCGCCUGGUACACAGGUCUGUGGAGCAAGCUAUAUCAAUGAAAGGUUUGAGAAGCUCUUGUUGAAGCGACUGAAGCACGAAAAUUACCUUGUCAAAAAUGGGAAAACUAUCAAGAGUAUCGUGGAAGGCAAAGUCAUAGAGUUCGAAAACGGAGAAAAGAGAUUAAUCGACACGGCUGAUGAAUAUUACGAGACUGAUCCAAUAUUCAUUGACGACCUGAGGGCUAAUUCCAAGAAACGUUUUUCUCAAAAUCGACUUGCGAUAACGAAGCGUGAAAUGGCUUGGGUUUUCCAAUAUUCUCUGGAUGGGACUGCCAAUUUGCUCAUAGAGCAACUCGAGAUAGUGAAAGCGAAGGGAUUCGCCGUACAAAAAGUUAUCCUCAUCGGUGGCUUCGGGCAGUCUCCUGCUCUGAGAACACAUCUCCGAAACGUGCUUGCAAACGAGAGGAAUUUUCUGGAUCAAGAAAUCCAGUUCUUGACUCCUCGCGCAGCUUCAACCGUGGUAGCGAGAGGCGCUGUUCUUCGGGCAUUCAACAAGGACCAUGGUCCACUCCGAAUCACUUCGUGUAGCUAUGGUUUUUUGAGAACAGAACCGUACGAGCCAGAGGAAUUUGCUGCGCACAGAAAUACCAGAUGCAUCAUAGACAAAGCAGACGGUGAAAAAUACAUUGAUGGUACCAUCAACUGGCUCGUUCAAAAGGACGAGCCUCUGCCACACAAUAAAGAGUUCUACAUCACAGUGAAGCACACUUUCGGCAUUAGAGCAAAAUAUUUCCACUGCAAGGAGGUUCUUUACGUAUCUGACUUCAAGCAUGAGUCUCACUACAGAAAAACACAUGUAAUGAACAAAGGCGCCGAACUUGCUGGCUCAAUCACGGCAGACAUGACUUUCCUUAGGGAUGAUGGUCAUAUUCAACCAGUUCCGCCGUCGGAUUUCAGCACAUUUUCUGGACCUAAGGCUCCACAUCACUGGGCGGUAACAUUUGAACUAGUGAUGAUUAUUGAUGGUCGGAAUUUGCGGUAUGAGGCGCGCUGGCCUCCCCGCGACAGUCCUGAAGCAAGAGUGCAUAGCCAAAGAGUGCAUAAGAGUGGUCAGACCUGUAUUGCAGCCGCAUUUAAGCCGGGAACUGCAUGAGGCCCGUAAGUAUAUAUUAGUUGCCAUUUUAAUGUUUUUAGUUUCUAAGCCUUUUGCUUUAUAAACUACUUGUUAGUUAGAUAUUUUUCUCCGAAAUAGACAGUGUGUCAAAUGAAUAGAAUAGAAUAGAAUACUGGCUAGUAAUCUAAUCUAUUCAUCAAAAAU